AUGGACGCCCCUGACGCAGAGCUUGAUGUCAAGCUCCAAAAGAUGUCAGGCGAUCUCCUCGCCGACCUCGACCACGCCAUCGACUCGCUGCCGCGCAAGCCAGAUGGCCGCGGAGGUAUGCGCGUGCGCUCCUACGUGCGAACGCGCGAGAGUCUGAGCGCGAUCACAUCAAUCCUGGACAUGUUCCAGGAGCUGCCUCAGCUGCUGGACCCCCAUCUGCCCAAAUGGAUUCCGUUUCUGGCCGACGCGUACCUGGAGUUUGUCCAGGCAACUCGCAACCGGGGACCUCGCCGCGGCGGCAAGUCGCAAUUCCUUGCGCCGCUUGACUUCGCCAUCUGUCGCAUACUGUACACCUUUUGCAAGGUACGCGGCGAGAAGGUCAUCGUUCGGUUUCUCAAUGCCGAGACGAGGUACCUUGAGGUUCUGCUGUCUGCCAUCGAGGAUGCAGAGGAGCAUGCGGCCACGGCACAGCAGGGCGAUGACACUGCCGACACCGGGAGAGCGUGGCAGUGGGAGCAGCGAUAUAUCGUGCUGCUGUGGCUGUCACACCAGCUGCUCGCGCCUUUUGACCUCUCCACGAUUUCCUCACUCGACAUCGAGGACGCGGCGUUGCCCGAGAUCUCGGGAUUCAGGUGGCCGGAUCGGCUUCCCGGCAUCACGAUGCGAGUCAUCCCACUCGCCAUCAAGUAUUUAGCCACUCCAGGGAAGGAAAAGGACGCAGCCAAGGCUUUGCUUGUGCGCGUCGCGAUGCGCCGGGACAUGCAGCAACUAGGCGUGCUGGACAGCCUGGUUCAGUGGGCACUUGCCUCGCUUCGCCCGCCCAAAGAUGGGCCCUUGGAGAGCAUGCACUUCUAUCUUGGUGUGCUUUCGUUCCUGGCUGGCUUGUUGCGCUCCUCUGCUGAGACGUCAGACGUGGACAAGUGGCUCCCUUCCAUAUUCGACGCUGUUUACGGCAUCACGACGGCAGAUUCGGAGCUUUCCAAGUUGCUCCUCCCUUUAGCAAUCGUGCGGAAGAUGAUCCUCAAAGUCAUACGAUCUGUCAUUGUGUCCCUCUUGCGCAAGACGCCGCAGGACAUGGCAAGCACGGAGCUGACCGAAACGACCAUCGGCUACUUACUAGAGAAUCUGUCUGACAGCGAUACGCCCGUGAGAUUGGCUGCCAGCAAGGCACUCGGUGUCAUCACCCUGAAGCUGGAUCCAGAAAUGGCGUCGCAGGUCGUCGAGGCUGUUCUCGAGUCACUCAACAGAAAUGUCUUGUGGACCAAACCUGCUGGCGGCUCCGGAGUCAAGCCCGUACGAGAUCUGUCGGCUGUGAACAAUCUCGAGUGGCACGGCUUGAUGCUCACUCUCUCGCAUCUCCUAUACAGGCGGUCGCCGCCGGCUGCGCAGCUCUCAGACAUUAUACAUGCGCUGCUGCUCGGCUUGUCAUUCGAGCAACGCAAUACGUCUGGCGGCAGCGUCGGAGCCAACGUCAGAGAUGCCGCAUGUUUCGGAAUCUGGGCCAUCGCCCGUCGCUACUCGACCGAGGAGCUCCUCGCUGUUCCUACAAAGUCCGUCUUUGCGGCCGCCAAAUCACACCCCUCGGACAGUUCCAUCCUACAGGUGCUCGGGACCGAGCUCGUCACGACGGCGUCUCUAGAUCCGGCCGGGAAUAUUCGCCGAGGUGCUUCGGCAGCAUUACAGGAGCUCAUCGGUCGGCAUCCUGACACUGUGGAGCAGGGCAUCGCUGUGGUCCAGACCGUUGACUACCAUGCUGUUGCCCGCAGGUCUCGAGCCAUUGAGGAGGUCGCAACCAACGCUACUAAGCUCUCGCCCAAGUAUGGUGAGGCUUUGAUAGAUGCGAUCUUAGGCUGGCGGGGUAUUGGAGACUUGGACGCGCCUUCACGUCGUGUUGUGGGAUCCGCAUUCGGUGUACUCGCGGCCGAACUGGCACGAUCAAACCCCAAAGCUGGACUAUCUCGGCUCGAAGACUCCGUUCAGCUGGUGACGCAGAGGAUUCAGUCACUCGUAAAACGACAGGUUGAAGAGCGACACGGCCUGCUGCUGUGCCUUUCCUCUGUUAUCGACCAGAUUCCCGCUGCUCGCAGCAUCACCAACGACCAGGGGCCUGAGAACGCAUCGCUCAGCUCAGCGCUCUUUCACAAAAUCUUGGCAAACGUCUCCCAGAUCCUGGAAGAUUGCGGUGCAGUCGAAUACCGCAAGCCCGAGCUUAUCGCUGAAGCCGCAAGUCAGGUUGUCGUAUCGUCGGUGCCUGCGCUUCAAGCUACUCUGCUGCCAGACUUAAAAGAGCCUGCAUUGCAGAAGGGACAGGAUGCCCUCUCAUCACAGAACGGGGUUUAUCUAAGGCUCGUUGACGCGCUGGACGGAACCCACCCUACAAGCACAGAUGUCGACGCCGUCAUAUCUAAGCUGCGUGCGGUUAUUCCCGCGUGGUUGAGCAAGAGCGAACCUGAGGCUACUGACCCAGCUUCGAGAGCUGCUCUAGUCCUUCUCAUAUUCUCUUCCCAGGAAGAUCGCGUCCCGGUAACUGGCUUCGGCUACUUCCAGGCGCUGGCGCUGGCGCAACCGUUGGCCGCUCUGGGCACUUCCGCGCGCGUGGAGACGACCAACGAUGUGGCCUGCGAAGCGAUUCUCGAACGGUGGAGAUCAGACCCCGACGUCGACACCAGAAGUGCAAUUCUGCAGAGCCUGAUCCUCAGCAACGUGUUCAAUUCAAAGCCCCUGACGUUCUUGGGGCUGCUGAAGGAUGGGUUGAACGACUACACCACCAAUGCCCGGGGCGACAUUGGCUCCCAUGUGCGAGUUCAGGCCCUGAGAGCCGUGCGUGUUCUGUGGCGGAACCUCGGCGACCAGCAGGUUGGCCGGCAGGACUGGGUGGAAGAGUCCAUCAAGACCCUCUUCCACAGCACGUUGCGCCUCGCGGCCGAGAAGCUGGAUCGUGUCCGGCCUGUAGCGAGAUCGGCAGUUGCCAUGACCCUAAAGCAAGAACACGCCAAGCGAUUCCAGUCCCUCGGCUUCUCGUCGAAAGGCUAUUUCGAAGCGCUGCUUCAGCUCAUUGCGGUUGACUGCAUGCACCCCUGGCUCGCCCAUCCGGCCCGGGCUGACGCGAGCGCCUGGAUGGCCGAGCUCCUUGCCGGCUACGUGACGUCGGCAGAUACGGGCAACGACGACCUCGUCAUUGCCAGCCGCACCGCGCUCACGGACUUCUGCGAGGCGACAUCAGGCGAAAGGCUCAGCUUCGUGUGCGCCGCGCUCAUGCAGAACCUGCGCUCGCGGCAGGGCGAGGACCGCGUCGUCGUGCCGACGCUCGAGAUUGUCGCCUUUCUCUUCAACUGCGGCCUCUUCCAGCGGUGUCGGGACGUGGACCUCCGCGCCCUGUGCCUGCAGACGCAAAAGGCCAGCUACAAAUCCGGAAACGUCCGGAAGAUCAUGGCCUGCGUCAAGGUCUACGGAGGUGUGGCAUCCAUGAGCCUCAGUGAUGGUGGUGAGGAGGGUGGUAGCAACGGCGGCGCUGCUGUGCAAGAGGCCCGCAGGAGGCUUGGGGCGCUGCUGUUUCAUCCCUGGCCGCGGGUGCGCAGCGUCGUGGUCGAUGAGCUGUGGGGCCUGACGGGAGGCUUCGAUGUCCCCGAGGCAGACGGGGCCGUCGUCAGCUCUCCAUUGACAGGCGUGGACUGGGCAAAGGCAGACAAGGCAAUGAUCCGAGGCGUCGUGCAGGAGCUGGGUUUGGCAUAA